CUUUGACCUAUCUAUCUCCUUUGGCAAAAUCUCCCUCCCUAGUUUGCUUAACACCAUCGCAAUGGCUACUACCACUGUAUCCCCAAACACUUAUACCCCUUUACGAUCAGUCAGUCUAGAUCAACUUUUAGCGAAGGACCCGGAGUCAAUCCAAGAGCUUCUACAGGGCGCACGAAGCCCCGGGUUUUUCCUUGUGGACCUGCGAGGAGUCGCUGGAAAGCAGAUACGAGCGGAUCUGGCGCAGGUGUAUCAAGUAACGAAAGAUUACUUCGAUCAACCUUCGCAGGCGAAGCAGGAGCACUUCAGGGCCGACAUUGAUCGCGGGCAAGAAAAAAAAAAAAACUCUAACAUUAAUCCACAAAUUCAGCUCGCUCGCGAGGAGCUUGCAAGUUCCCAGUUAGCCUGUCCGGGUCAACUUGCAACCCACAAGGAGUUGUUGGCGCGCUUCACCGCCGACUGCCACGAUCUAGCCCUGACGCUCGUACGCAAUCUAUCAGACAUGUUGGGCCUCGCUGGCGAUGCCCAUCUAGAGACAAGCCACUCAGACACCCAGAGCAAUGACUCGGGGUUAAAGCUGAUUGAGAUCCCGACUGUCGAGCGGAUGGAUGAAUUCCCAGAUACGACACACACGGACAACGGCACUCUGACCCUUCUAUGGAGCACGGAAAUGGCAAGCCAGAUCUGUGACCCGAUCACAGGGGAGUGGGGGUGGGCUGAGGAGCGAGAUGGACACGUUCUAGUCAAUGUGGCUAAUUCGCUCCAGAAGCAAACCGGCGGCAGACUCCAUUCCUGCCUCCAUAAAGUGGCGCAGCCUAGUGAUGGCGCUCAUGAACGAUACAUGGUUAGCUAUUACUUGCGCCCAAGCGCUAAAUGAAUUAAAUUGGGGCAAGAGGGGGAUCGGCGUGGGCAAGCUCAAGUUCUCA